UUGUGUCCUAACACUAUAAAAGGCCUUGUUUUUCUGCGUCAAUCAUCAACCCUUCAGCAACUCAACUGUACGUCAACACUCAUCAUCACAAACAUGGGCGAAGAACAACUCGUCACGCUUCAACCAGGCCAACGCUGCAACAAGUGGACCAUUACCAAAAAGCUAGGAGCCGGCGCGUUUGGAGCAGUCUACCUCUGUACGCACGGUAAUUUGACCGCUGCACUCAAGACGGAGCCGUUGAACGCCAAUCCUCCAUUGCUUGCCAUGGAGGCACAAGUACUGCAAGACCUGCACGGGAUCAAGGAGGGCAAGCACUUCACCAAGUGUCACGACAUUGGACGAGAUACACAGAUGGACCCAGCAGGCAGAUCGGUCACGUUCAACUACAUCGUAAUGGCGCUGGUUGGAAAAAGCCUGGACAAGCUGAUCGAAGAGCGGCCGGGUCGACGCUUCACACCUGGCACUGCAAUUGGCAUCUCAGUGCAAAUGGUCAACGCGAUCAGGGCUCUCAACGAGAUCGGCUACCUCCAUCGGGACCCCAAGCCAGCGAACGCAGCAAUUGGACGUGCGGACGAGAACGAGCUGGAUGUCCUCUAUCUUCUCGACUUUGGCAUGGCGCGGAAAUUCAAACGCGAGGAUGGAUCUCUACGUCGACCAAGACAGGCCUCAAACUUCCGCGGCUCUCCACGCUAUGCAGCCAUCUCAGCACACAUCAACAGGGAGUAUUCCCGCAAGGACGACCUGGAGUCUUGGUUCUACAUGCUCGUCGAGAUAUACAGAGGAUCACUGCCAUGGGGGAAUGUCGGCGACAUGAACAUGAUCGGCGAAUACAAGAAGAAAAGGCUGCCCAGCAUGGACCUAGAGACGAGGAAGGCGGCGGUCAGGAGUCUCAUCGAUGGUUGUCCUCAAGAAUUCGGCCAAGUGCUCAAACACAUCGACAGCCUCAAGUUCUACACUCGCCCUGACUACAAAUGGAUCAUGAAAAUCCUCAAGGAUUACCUCACCAACAACCGAAUUCCAGAGAGGCCAUACGACUGGGAGCAGGGCGGAGGAGGAGGAGGACGCGCUCCACCUCCGCCAAGUGGAGGUGCCGUCGACUCAUUCUUCAGAUGA